CCAAGCUGGUGGAUGAGGAGAAGGACGGGAGAGACAUGAAAGGAUCUUCGGAAGAUGGACGACACGGCGGACGGGUACUAUAAGGAGAAGCUGAGGAUGUCCCCUAGGGUGUUCCGGGAGAUCAUGGAGGCGUUGUCCCCUCAUCUGCAGAGGAGGGUGACAUUUUAUAGGGUGCCUUCGAUGCCGGAUCACAUCAUCGCGUACGCGCUUUAUCAUUGGGCGAGCGAGGAGAUGUACGAGACCAGCACAUUGUCAUUCAACAUAGGACGCGCAUCAGGCUUGAUUGCGGUGGAGGACGUGACUCAGGCGCUUCUGAGGGUGUACCGAGAGAAGAUCGUUUGGCAUUCCGGGUUCCGGCGCAUGGUCGUUCUGCGCGCCUUCGAGGCGAAGGGUUUCCGCAAUUGCUAUGCCUGCAUAGACUGCACGCAAAUAUAUGUCAACAAACCGACGAACGCACCUUCCAAGAACUACAUCGAUCGAAAGCAUCGUUUUUCGAUUGUUGCGCAGGCGGUGGUGGACUUGGACUUGCGUGUCACAGACGUUUUCGUCGGGUAUCCUGGGAGCUGCCACGACAUUCGGGUGCUUCAGCUUUCCAGUCUGUGGGCGUGUGCAGAGGAGGGGGAUCUUUUUCGUGGACCUGCCGUGGUGCUGCCGUUUGGGGUGAAGACACACGGGUACAUUCUCAGGGAUAACGACUAUCCUCCUAUGGAGUGGAUCAUCGUGCCUUACGGAGGGACCGAUCAAUGCGCCGACGAGGAGAGGUUCGACAACAAGCAGAAGGUCGCCAGCGGAGCAGUGAAGAGAGCUUUCGGAAGAUUGAAGGGGAUGUGGAGGCUCUUCCUCCGUACACACAAAACGAAUAUGGACAGUCUCCCGCAAUAGUUUCAAGCAGUGUGCAUUUUGCACAACAUCCUCCUUGAUGUUGGCAUAGACUUCUACGAGAACUUGUUGUGGGAGGUGGACGUGAAUGGCUUGCGCGGCGAGUGGACUUGGGCUUGGAUCCUCCUCCCCACCCCAUAGCGGAGAACUUCAAUGGUCCCCGUGCGUUGGCCCUGCGCGAAGCGCUGGCGGAGCGUAUGAAGCACGAGUGAACGUGCGAAGUCUCCCCACGACGGCAGCUUGUGUGUCGAUCUCUUACGGAGGGCGAACGUGGUGAUGUCCGAGAUUCG